GGGUGGUUGUUAGUGACGCUCUCGAGUGGUCGCCAGGGUGGUCUGAGCUAGUGCCGGGCUUGACUGUGGCCAGCUCGGGUCAGGCUCCUGCUUGAUACGUGCGGGAGUUGGGAGACUGGUACAUUUUAUGAAUUCUGGGAAAAACUGCUGAGGAUUUUAAAAGAAGAAAUAGUUCUACUGGCAACUCAUAAGAAAAUAAUUUUCUACCAGCUUUAAGAUUAGACAACUAGCUCAUUCUUGGUCUUCUGAAAUAAAAUUAGAAUGGACUGGGUAGAUGAAUAUUCCCAUAAUUCUUUUGACCUACAAUGCUUGUUAAACUCAUUUCCUGGAGACUUGGAGUUUAAGCAGAUCUUCAGUGACAUUGAUGAACAGAUAGAACAAAAUGCUACAAGCAUAGAAUGCUGCAUUAAAGAAAUACAAUCUGAAGUUAACAAACAAUGCCCAGAUGUUCAACUGCAAACAUCAACUGACUGCUUUGAAUGGCUAACUAGCUAUCAUAAUACAUCUAAGUCACCUUCCAUUCCCCGUGGAGAUCUGAUAGAAUUCCUCAAAAUACUGCAAGAUUUGUUGAAGAAUGAACAAAAUCAAGAAGAAAUGAUUCUGGAUUUACUUUGGGACCUCUCCUGCCAGAGCAGUGUUUCAUUCCCAUCGGAUCUAAGUGAAACAUCUCUGCAUUUCCUCUCUAGGACUUCACUUCAUUCUGUUGAAGAUCAUUCCUCUGUAGAUGUAAAGUCUAUAUGGGAUGAUAUAAGACUGCAUCUUCGACGCUUCUUAGUAAGCAGAUUACAAAGCUAUAAUGAAAUAAACAAUUCACAGCAAAAAAUGGUACUGAAAAACCAAUGCAUACAGCAACUCUUGUUUCUCUAUCCAGAAUCAGAAGUUAUCAUCAAGUACCAAAACAUACAGAAUAAACUAUUGGUUAAACUUCUGCAGAACUGCUUUCCUUCUUACAGUGGAGAUUCAAAUUUAGAUGUAAUGGCUCAUGGAUUCCAAAGUACAAUGCUUAUAUUAUACUCGAUGAUAAAAGAGGAUUUUGACACACUGUAUGAAAUUUUAGCUCCAUCUUCAACAGUGAAAUUCAUUAAAGAAACUUACCUGGAUACAGUUACAGAAGAAGUGGCAAAAUUUCUUGAAAAGUUUUGUGAGUUACGGUUCAAAGAAAAUACUGUUCGUGUGGUUAAAACAAGCAAGAGCUCCAGCAAGCAUAGAGGAGCAGUGCAUGCUUUGGUUACUCCUGAAUGCCCACGGACAGGAAGAAACCUUUCCCUUUCCUUAGAUGAACUCAAAUUCUUAUCAUACCUCAUAAAAUCUUUUUUGAAGCUAGAAAAUGAUGUUCAGGAGCUGUUCGAAGAAAUAUUUUUAUUGUUUAAGAUGUCCAGGAAUGCUUCAGGAAUUGUGGAGAAAUCCAAUAGAGAAAUUAUAAUAGAAAAACCUAAAAUAAAUAAAACCAGUAUUCCUUCAGAGCAAUUGCUACCAGGAAAAGAGGUCACUUUACUAGAUUUUGGCUGGAGGAAUGCAUUUAAAGUAGUGUCUCUUCCCAUAGCACAUUGUAUAAAAAUUGCAGUUGAAGAUUUUUCCACAAAAAUUCUCCAACAGGAACAGAAUGAAAAGUCUUCAGCUGUGAGCUAUGCUAUGAACCUUGUAAAUGUCCAGCAAGUUUGGCAAGAUAGUCACUUGUUUCCUGAGGAGGAACAACCAAAGAAAAUUGCAAAGUUUUGUUCUGACAUCAUGGAAAAACUUGACACCAUGCUUCCACUGGCUCUGGCAUGCAGAGAUGAUUCUUUUCAGGAAAUUAGAGCAAACUUGGUGGAGGCCUGUUGCAAAGUGGCAACAGCUGUCCUGGCAAGACUGCAAGAGCGAGGCAAGGAGGUUCCUUCCAAAGCACCCCUGAAAAACCUGCACAUACUCCUCUCCACAGCAGUGUACAUCUUCCAGCAUUUCAUGCACUAUGAUAAUUUGAUGGAAGAAACUACUAAGAAACCCAUAUUCCUGGUGCCUGUCCAACGAUAUCAGGAAUUCAUCAACACUCUACAGUUUCAGGUUACGGACUACUGCGUCAGAGUUUGUGCUACAAGCAUUUUACAGGAUGCUGAGAGCCACCACUGGGAUGACUACAAAGCUUUUUAUGAGGGGAAAAGAUGCUCCUUCUCACUCCAGAUGUGGCAUUAUUUCUACUGGGCGCUUCAUCAUGAUCUCUGGACCAUUCUGCCCUCUAAGUUAGCCCAGGAGGUUCUGGCAGAAGUGCUGGAGAAAUCUUUGGGUCUGCUGGCCUCCAGAUAUGCUCGGGCCCAUCCCAGUUAUAAGAGAACUCCACAGAUAAGACUUGAUGUGACAACAAUUUUAAUAUGCACUGAGAACAUGUUAUGGUCAAUUUGUACAUCUGUACAAAAACUUUUGAAUCCUCAUGAGUCUAAAGAUGAUAAAAUUUUUAAAAUUCAUACCCAUUGUAAUAAUCUGUUUACAACAUUAGUCAUUUUGACUUCACCAUUAACAGAAUUAUAUAGGACAUUUCAGCAUGGCGUGGAUGAGUCUGCUUCAGAUUCCUUAAAAUCACUUUUCAACCAACCAUUGCAUUGGGUUUCUUGCAUAUCACAUUUCUACCCUUCUUUGCUCAGGACUCCAUCAGCUGGAGGACUGAAAGCGGAGGGUCAAUUGAAACUGCUCUUAUCCCAGCCAGGUUGUAACUGGAACCUGCUUCUGGAAACCCUACUGAGUAAUGACGGUCUUUUACCAAGAAUCUUGUUGCAGAGCUCAAAACACACCUUUAAACACCAAGUUUCUGACACAGAAAAUAAUCUGAACCAAGGAUCCAGCUUGAUGGAAGCCAUCUUUAAAGUGCUGUACCACUGUAAUUGUUCUCCACAAACUUUUGGAAAUGUUUUUGUGAGUUACAUAGAAGAAGAACACUUAUGGGACUUUUUGUAUUACAUCCCAGCCUCAAUGUGCAUGGAGUCUGAGCUAGAGGUCAUUCGAUGCUUGAGAUUGGCACUGACUGAUGCCAUCAAGGACACUGUACAACAGGUGAUAUCAGUGAUGAGCUAUGGGAGAAAUUGUGAGAAAAACCUAAACAAGCACAGUGUUCCUGAUCAUUUGCUUAAGAGCAUUCCAAAAGAAUGGAGUUAUAUUCCAAAGGAAACCCAAAGAAAAGAUUCAAGCAAAUACUUCACAAGGCUUGCUGCUCAGGCAGUAUCUAUUGUAAUCAGCAAGUUACCUACAGUGAUUGCAUGUUUGCCUCCCCCAAUUAAAUACUUCUUUUUUCUGUCUGAGAAGAAAAUGUCAAGAAACUUUGUUGAAUUGAAGAAAGCUGGCCUGCUUGCCUGGAACUUGAUUGUACUUAUAUGUCACAUAUUUAAGGAUGGAAACAAGGUAGAACUUUUAACAGGUGCCUCCCUUGAUAGAUGGAGUAAAGAGAAACUGGGUUUAAUUUGUGUGUGUUUGGAAAGCAUCAUGGGAGAGCAAAGUAGCCCUAAUCCAAUGACCCAGAAAGUCAUACAAAGCAUUGAGCAGCAAAAGCCCAAAUGGAUUGAACACCAGUUGUUGAAAGCAAGAAAACUGAGCACUGAAUGUGCCUUUAUGACAAUGGAGAAAAGCACAGUCUUAGAAGAAGGAGACACUGCUCUUGAACUGACUGAGCAGAAAAUAAACAUGAUGGUCCUGGAUGUCUGCCACAAACCAGGUGGCAGCGAGUACCUGAGGCAAAUUUAUCACAUCAUGCGGCUCAAUGAGGAAUAUUUAAAAGAACAGCUGUUUUCUAUGAAUGGUUCAGAGGAAAAGCCAUUACCCAUCCGACCUUUAAAAACGACCUUGAGCAGUGUGGAAACUCAGCCUUCUGCCUUUAACCCUUUCCAUGUGCACAAAGUGUUUAGUGAAGACAUGCUAGAUCAGUCAGCCAUCACAAAGUGGAACUGGAAUUGGUCAAACUUGCUGCCAAAUUAUCUGGGGCUGGAUAAGAUGACCUUCAGUGUGCUGCUCAAAAAUAGGUGGGAAAUGAGGACAGAUGAAACACUAGAAGAGGAAGAAAAGGCAAUGCUGGAACAUUUAAAACGAAUUUGCACCAUACAGGACUCUUCUGCCUCAGAUAACACGGAUGAACAGUAAUCCACAGGAAAAGGGAACAACAGCUUUGUUUUAGGAAACAAUCACAUGUAAUGGAGUACAGUUUUUGCUAUAGUCAGAAUAAACCUCAGAUGUGCUCUGAAGCAUGAAACCAAUGACUGAGUAGUCUCGCUACUGAAAAGGAAUACAAUACAUAAAGAAUAAAGUGCUCCAUAUUUUUAUUUAAAAAAUAAUUUCAAAUGCUUUUUUCCCCCAAUCUUUCUCUUUAUAUGAUAAAACUGCUGCCAUCUCGUGUUCCCUUUGAAUCAUUUUCCUCCUUUCAGUCUUGAAGUAUCUAUGACAACAGGCAAAAUGUUUGGAAAUUUUUCCCUAAAGAUUUUUUUAAUAUCACAUUGGGAUGCUAAGAUGAAUGGAGUCAUGUAGCCCCCUGGGACUCAUCUGAAAAUAUCAAUUUAAUUUUGUAACUGUAUCCCAAGUCCAGGUCUUAAUUGCCUUUAAUAUCUAGCAUUAGGCCAGCCUCCCUACACAUAUAACUUCUUCUUUAUCCAAUUUAUCUUUACCAUGGCCACAAAAAGCAUUUUCCUGAACUGUUAACUUUAGUUAUGUUUCUUCCUGUGGUGGUUUUCAGUCCUGCUGCUGAAUCUAAUUCCAAGUCCGGCACCAGUGCUUUCAGGUCCUGUACAAAGGCUCCAGUCAGGUAACUGCUGCCAUCCUUUUGGCUCAAACCACCUUUCUCCUUUCUUAAUUAUGUUCAAAGGUCAUUCCAACAGCCUCUGCCCCAUGAUUCAUAAUCCGUAAUGUCUUUUCUUUUCUUUUCAUAUUUUCAUCCGUACUUUUAUUUUCAUUAUAUUGAUUCUCUCUCACACACAUACAUACACACACCAAAGUAGAAUUUAUUCUACUGUCCUCUCUGCCACAUACAAUUAUAGAAUUUGUUAUAUCCUUCUUAUCAGAGCCUGAUAUUAGAUUACAAAGAUGUUGAGGGUCAUAAAUACAGUAUGAAGUCCCCUUUGUAAUUCCCCAUAUUCCCGCUGUAAUGUUAUUCAUUGAGUGGGUUAGUCUACAGCUGAUUAAAUGAUUGCUAUUGAAAGAAGAGAACAAAGACAAUUAGAUGGUUGAGUAUUCUUCAGGAUGCCUGAGCGAAGCCUUAGAUCAUGAACUACUUUAGACCAUAUGACAUCAAACAUCAUGGUUUCUGAUGUUCUCAGAUACAUAAUAAACUGUUCAUGCUCCCACAUUCUGUGAUUUUUAUAAAAUAUGUGUAGGCUACAUGUCUUCCAAAGGAAAGUACUCAUACAUUUUUAAAAGACUAAAAGUUUUGAGUGCAGAGGAGGCCACCUUAGAGAAUGUCUUGCAUUUUUACUUUAAAUAAAAACACAUAAAUGGCCAUGUUGCCAGCUGCCUGCUAAAUAACACAUUUUAUUUUUAAAGAGUAUACUGGAGUUGGACAGUAUAAUCAUGAUCCAAAUGUUUUAAGAUAUGACUCAAAUAAUUUCUAAAAGUUCCAUGGAGACCACUUAAAAAUUGUAAGACAAUUUUAUGAAAAUUGGACAUUACAUCUAAUCUUAUCUCUAAACAGUAUAAGAUAAUGUAAGAUAACUGUUGCUUAGUUCUUCAUCUAAUUCGUAGUUCAUCUAAAUUUGCAUAACCAUACUUUGUCAGACUAGAAACUAAAAUAGAAAAUCAAAAUAAAGAUAAAUUGAUCCAAUAAACAAUAUAAAUGCAAUCACAUAAAAUUACAGGAUUUCACACUUGGGUGAUCUAAUAUAUCUAAAGUUCAUCUUUUAAAAUUAAUUUUUUAUUGAAUCUGUACAUUUCUAUACUAAUCCAAGAAACUGACUUAGUUCAGAAAAAAAAAUUUUUCUAUGCUCCCAUUUGAAAAGAAAGAAGUUGUUUUUAGAGGAAAUUUUUCAGAUUUUUUUGUUGCUCUGACCAAAGACCUGACAAGAACAAUUAGAG